AUGAGAAUCAAGAAGAAGAACGUCAGCGGUAACGCCAGAAACUUCGUAACGAGGUCACAGGCCGUUCGCAAACUGCAAAUCUCACUCGCGGACUUCAGGAGACUAUGUAUCUUCAAGGGUAUCUACCCUCGUGAGCCCCGCAACAAGAAGAAGGCCAACAAGGGCUCCACAGCCCCAACCACGUUUUACUACUUCAAGGAUAUACAAUACCUCAUGCACGAGCCUGUUUUGCAGCGGUUUCGCGAGCACAAAACCUUCGCCAAGAAGCUAACUAAGGCGCUUGGCAGAGGUGAAGUCUCCGCCGCCAAAAGGCUAGAAUCACACAACACUGGUUACAAACUGGACCACAUCAUCAAAGAGCGCUAUCCAAGCUUUCCUGACGCUCUUAGGGACAUCGACGAUGCUUUGAACAUGCUUUUCUUGUUUUCCAACCUGCCAGCUUCCGACCAGGUUUCUGCUCGUGUGACCCAAGAGGCCCAGACCAUAUGUAACCAAUGGCUUGCAUAUGUCUCGCGUGAAAGGGCCGUUCGUAAGGUAUUUGUUUCCAUAAAAGGUGUCUAUUAUCAGGCGUCUGUCAAGGGAGAAGAAAUUAGAUGGUUAGUGCCUUACAAAUUUCCCGAAAACGUUCCAAGCGACGUUGACUUCAGGAUUAUGCUGACAUUUCUAGAGUUCUACUCUACGUUGAUGCAUUUUGUUCUAUACAAGUUGUACACCGAGUCCGGUUUAACAUACCCUCCAAAAUUGGACUUAGCCAAGAACAAGAUAAUUGGUGGUUUGAGCGCAUACAUUUUGGAAAGCAAUGCAGAAGAGUCUACGUUGAAAGCCCCUCAAUUGGCCAGUGCCUCUGCGGAAGCUAAGUCUUUGGAUGCUAGCACUUUGUCAUCUGCGUUGAAAGCAGAUGGCGACGAAGACAUCGAACAAGAUGACGAUGUGGCAGGUAGUGAAGGAGAAGACAAUGAUUUGGAUACUUUCGAGGAUAAGAACAAGAACAAAGGUGAUAUUUUGCAUCAACCUUCUCAAUACAACUCUCCAACCGCCACUCUUUUCUCCGAUUUCGUAUUCUACAUCUCUAGAGAGGUCCCAAUUGACAUUCUAGAAUUUUUAAUUCUAUCCUGCGGGGGUUCAGUGAUAAGCGAGGCUGCUUUAGAUCAAUUGGACUCACAGAAAGAUAUCGAUUUAUCAAAAGUCAGUCACCAAAUUGUGGAUAGACCAGUGUUGAAGAACAAAGUUGGCGGGAGAACAUACGUGCAACCCCAAUGGGUUUUCGACUCCAUCAACAAGGGAGAAUUGGUUGCUGCAAAUCUAUACCUUCCCGGUGAGCAACUGCCACCUCAUUUGUCACCAUGGGGUGAUGCUGGUGGAUAUGAUCCAAAUGCCGAGCCUGCGGAGGACGAAGAAGAAGAAGACGAGGAAGAAGAAGAGGCAGAAGAAGAAGAAGAGGAGGAUGCCAGCGGUGAUGAACUUGCGACUGGAAAGUCUAAAGACGGUAUUGUGGAAGCUUCUGCUGAUGAAGAUGAAAGCGAUGAAGAUCUUGAUGCUCAAAAGGAACUAGAAUUGGAAGCCAAGGGUGUUUCAUACUCAGAAUCUAAAGAAGAGAAGAACCCGAAGAAGCCUAAGAAGACAACUAAGCGGAAGGCUACUGAGGAAGAGGAAGAAAAAGACUUGAAGACGAUCAUGAUGAGCAACAAGCAACGCAAGCUUUACAAGAAGAUGAAAUAUUCAAAUGAGCAAAAGGACGAUAGAGUUGAGAAGCUGAAACAGAAGAAGAAGGCACUUGCAAAGACCAAGGCUAAGUUGGCGAAAAACUAG